CCUCAGCGGCAGCUGUUCGUCACCGUUUCGGCAGUGAUUUGGAUCGAUGUUGCUUUUUCAGGCAAUUGCAUCAUAUUUCCAGCAGUGCACAAUCACAGUAUUCAAAAUAUCGAACCUUAUCAGUAUCAUUAAAAGUAUCGAGUUGUUAAGAUAGUGUGUAGCCACUUGAAUCAUGGCAGAAGAUAAAGCUCCAGAGGAACAGAUGAACAAUCUGGCUGUGAACGACGAUGACGAUGUGGUGGAUCCAUGGAAUGUUACUGGAAAGUCUGAGACUGGCAUAGACUAUGAUAAACUGAUAAAAAGAUUUGGCAGUUCCAAGAUUGACGAUGAAGUCAUACAAAGAUUUGAAAAGGUUACUGGAAAGAAAGCUCACCACUUACUUCGGCGUGGCAUAUUCUUCUCCCACCGUGAUAUCCACAGCAUACUGAACCUCGUUGAAGCUGGCAAGAAGUUCUACCUGUACACUGGCAGGGGGCCAUCGUCGGAUAGCAUGCAUCUCGGGCAUAUGAUUCCCUUUAUGUUCACUAAGUGGCUCCAAGAUGUGUUCGACGUGCCACUCAUCAUCCAACUCACAGAUGACGAAAAAGUGUUGUGGAGAGACAUCAAAGUGGAGCAGGCGAGGCAAAUGGCGCAUAGCAACGCGAAGGACAUCAUUGCCGUCGGUUUUAACCCGGAGAACACUUUCAUUUUUAACGAUUUGGACUUUAUUGGGCAGUGCCCAGCGUUCUACCAAAACAUGCUCCGCAUCCAGAAGUGCGUGACCUUCAACCAAGUGAAGGGCAUAUUCGGUUUCGGAGACUCUGACGUCAUCGGAAAGAUCACCUUCCCCUCCAUCGAGGCUGCGCCCGCCUUCUCCACUAGCUUCCCUUUCAUAUUCGAUAAUAAAGUGGUACCCUGCCUAGUUCCGUGCGCGAUCGACCAAGACCCAUACUUCCGUAUGACGCGCGACGUCGCUGCUCGAUUGAAAAUGCCAAAACCGGCGUUACUACACUCUUCCUUCCUGCCUGCACUGCAAGGAGCCCAACACAAGAUGUCAGCUAGUGACCCUAAUGCGUCUAUCUUCCUUAAUGACACGGCUAAGCAGAUCAAAAACAAGAUCAACAAGUACGCGUUUUCGGGCGGGCAGGCGACGGUGGAAGAGCACCGAGAGAAAGGCGGCAACACCGAAGUGGACAUCUCCUACAAGUACCUCACUUUCUUCCUCGAAGAUGACGAGAGGCUGGCAGAGAUCAAAAAGUCCUACGAAUCCGGUGAAAUGCUAACAGGCGAGCUAAAGAAGAUAGCCAUUGAGACAGUCACGCCAGUAAUCACCGCGUACCAGGCGCGACGCGCGUUAGUGACGGACGAGGUCAUGCAGGAAUUCUUCAGGAUUAGGAAGAUCAAGUUCUGAAUUAAUGUGGAAGCAUUUUUGGACCUUAUUGUACGAUUCAUGUUCAUUGUUAAAACAGACA